GUUUUGUUUUCUUACACAGUACUAUCAUCUAUCUAACAAAGUCUCUUUCCUGUGAAGAAGAAAGUGGAAGAUGGAGGAUGUCAAUGCAGAAUGAACAAACCUUCUAGAAUUUCUAAAAAAAGUGCUUGGCAGGCCACUGUGAAGGUCCAUCACCUUUUCCCUUUUUCCAAGAUGGCUCAAGAUUCAGUAGGCUUUUCUUCUGAUUAUCAGUUUUGGAUGCAGAAACUUUCUGUGUGGGACCAGGCCUCUACUUUGGAAACCCAGCAAGAUACCUGCCUUCACCUGCCUCGAUUUCAGGAGUUCCUGAGGCAGAUGUAUGAAGUUUUGAAAGAGAUGGAUUCAAAUACGAUCAUUGAAAGGUUCCCCACAAUUGGUCAACUCUUGGCAAAAACUUGCUGGAAUCCUUUUAUCUUAGCAUUUGAUGAAAGUCAGAAAAUUCUAAUAUGGUGCUUAUGUUGUCUAAUUAAUAAAGAACCACAGAAUUCUGAAGAAUCGAAACUUAACUCCUGGACACGGGGGUUGUUAUCUCAUAUACUUUCGGCAUUCAGAUUUGAUACUAAAGAAGUUGGUCUUUUUACUCAAGGUCUUGAAUUUACACCUGCAGAUUACUAUCCUGGUUUGCUUAAAAAUAUGGUUUUAUCAUUAGUGUCUGAACUCCGAGAGUAUCAUCUUAAUGGAUUUAACACUCAAAGGCGAAUAGUUCCUGAAAAAAUAAGGCUCCUGUCACGAAUUUGUAUCCCACUUGUAACUCUGCCAGAUAUUGAACCACUGGUGGAGGCUCUUCUCACCUACCAUGGACAUGAACCUCAGGAAGUGCUCUGGCCUGAGUUCUUUGAUGCUGUGAAUGAGGCCUUUCUGCUGAAGAAGAUCUCUCUCCCCGAGUCAGCUGUAGUCUGCCUCUGGCUUCGGCACCUUCCCAGCCUUGAAAAAGCAACACUGCAUCUUUUUGAAAAGCUAAUCUCCAGUGGGAGAAAUUUCCUGAGAAGGAUCGAAUGCUUUUUGAAAGAUUCAUUACUGCCUGAAGCAGCCUGCCACCCUGCCAUAUUCAGAGUUGUCGAUGAAACGUUCAGGUAUGCGCUCCUGGAAACCAACGGAGCCCCAGAAGUAAUAGCCGCUAUUCAGGUGUUUACAGGGUGCUUUGUGGAAGCUCUGGAAAAAAAAAACAAGCAGCUGAAGUUUACAUUCAAGACCUACUUUCCUUAUGGCUCUCCAUCUCUUGUUAUGGUGCUGCUGCAACACCCAAAAGAGAUCCCACAAGAACUGUGGCACCAGCCACUGAAACAUAUUUCAGAAAUGCUCCGAGAAAUAGUUGAAGACCAGACUCACAGGUCCUACGGAGGCCCCUUUGAGUGCUGGUUUUUGUUCAUUCACUUUGGAGGAUGGGCUGAUAUCGCGGCUGAGCAGUUAGUGAUGUCAGAAGCUGAACCCCCUGAGGCCCUGCUCUGGCUCUUGGCAUUCAGCUACAGCCCACGUGACAGGAGUCUGCAGCGAGCACAGACCAUGGCAGAGGUAAAGGCAGUGCUCAUCCGCCUCAAAAAGCUGCUUGGAAGUCCAAGUCUCUCAGCCGAGGAUCUUCAGGCAGCAGCUGCAGAGAGCCGAGACAGAGACCCCAGACCACCUUUGUGUCAACAGCUCAUCAGGCGCCUCCUCCUGAACUUCCUGCUCUGGACUCCUAGAGCCCAUGUGAUUGCCCGGGAAGUCCUCACCCUUAUGGCUCCAACUGAUGAGUUAACCCACGAGAUGACUGGCUUUCUUGACCAGACCUUGUACAGAUGGGAUCAUCUCCGCAUGGAAGCCACAGGGCCGAGAAAGCUGGCCAGAGAACUCCUCGCAGAGCUGCGCCCAGCCGGCUCUGCCGUGUAGGCACCGGGCUCCCUGCGGCCUCGUGAGGUAACGAGACCGUCUCUUCAUGGAAUGAGUAGUGAGAGUGAGCCCCAGGCAGCGUGGCAUGAUCUGCUGGUCCAUAUUUUAUGGAGCGAGAAGACAGAUCCGUUAGCCCAAACUCAGUCCAGUUUAUUGUUCAUGACUGGACCGUGCCUCGAGCAUUCCCUGCCUGCUCAGCCCAGCCGUCAGAGAAUCACUAAAGAAACGGCUUGCAUCGGAGAACGGAUUUUUACUUCUGUUUUCCCUCAUAUCAAACCAACAUACGCAACUAUGACUUGAAUGGUUCAAAGUCUUUGGACCAAGAAAUGCAUGAACCACUGAUCAGCUGAGAAAGUAACUUGGUGCUUCUGCGCAGGUCUCUUCUUCAGAAAUCACGUUACCGUUAUUGGUGUUUCUUUUGACCUGCAGGGAUUUGAGGUAAAGCCACACUGUCUUGCUUCCCUGAGAAAUUCUUCAUCGAGGAGCCUCUCGGGGACCUUAGAAGGGAAACGGAGUCCACUUGAGACUGAUAGCAAAGUGGCAGCGAACGGGACCACUGCUCAUUGGUGGGCACGCGAGCCAGCGCUGCUGUGGAGGACGGUGCUUGCCAGCGGGCAAAGCCGGUUCCAGGGCUACCUCGCUUUGCUUUCUGGUCGCUAAAUGCUGCCACCAGAGGAGCUCGUAUGACCUCAAGGACGGCUGACGGGAGAGUAUAGGACAUGUUCUGGAAACAUUAGAAGCAAUUAUGUAUCUCAGUUGUCUAGUUAACCAAAGUGGGAAUUCAAAAAAAAAUUUUUUUUUAAGAUUUUAUUUGUUUGACAGAGAGACCAUGAGUCGGGGGGUAGGAGCAGAGAGAGAGAGGGAGAAGCAGACUCCCUGCUGAGCAGGGAGCCCGAUGAGGUGCCUGAUUCCAGGAACCUACGAUCAUGACCUAAAUCAGAUGCUUAACCAACUGAGCCACCCAGUGCCCUGGGAAUUAGAAAUUUCUGAUAAAGAAUUGGUAACCCCAAUAUUACUUCACAUUAAUUAAAAAAUGUUUCCCCUUUCAGGUUUAUUCUUGAUAUGCAUUGAUUAUGUGCUUUUCUGUGUGCAUUCUGGUGGUUGAGUCAGUCAGAACUUUCUGUCCGCCUUCAUUUAUGUGUUAGUAAUCUCUGAAUCACCCUUAGUCUGGACUCCUGUUUGAGGCAGGAGUAACAUUUUUUGGAUUAGAGGUUGUGGUUUUAGGGGUAUUACUGUUUUGGUAUAUGGAUCCAUCUAAAGAUCUGGAAAAUUCAAGAAUUUUUUACCUGAGCCUGCCUUUUGAGAAAUGCUGCAAUUAAAGCAGUGUUCUGGUAAAAUAGAUACAACUACGAGCAUUAUUACUUUCAUAUAAAAAGGUUUCAUCAACAUGUGCAGUAGUUGAAAAAUGAGUUUAGGCUUCAUUUGGAGUUGAGGACAUCUGUGUUAUUUGUCAUGGAAGCUGUGAGCAGCCUCUGUGGGCAUGAAGAAGGGGACCGUCGUGUGGGAGCCUGGAGAAUCCCUACCGUGAGUGCCUGUCAGGAAUCCAGCUCCUAUGGUGGGAAUUCACUCAUGCCUUAUUUCACAGCAAACAGUAUCAGCAAGACUUACCCACCUCAGACUAUUCAAGCUGCGUUUCUGGAAGGUUCCUUCCUGUCCUGACCUUAUCUCAGCCUGUUUCUAGUAUCUCCAGUUCCUUUACAAAGCCUCUAAGUUCUCCUAAGCCUUGGACAUUUGAGCCAGCCCUACCAGACUAUCCGAUCUGAUGGGGCUUUAGUCUUCGCCCUGGUGAGCUCCUGGCAGCCCGGUGGUUCUCGUGUCUGGAGUGACCCCCCACCUACUGUCAGGGCUUUCAUCAAGGGGACAGCAGGUACUGGUUUGUUUACUGAUUUUACUUUCUCCCCUUGCCCUUCCCCCCUUGAUAAAGUCACUAACAAGGGGAGAAAUACUCCACAGGGGGAAACACAGGGAAGCGGGACUGUUCCCCAGACCGGAGGGACAGCUGUGCGGCCUCGCUGGCAGGCCCUGGUCUUCAGUGGGGCAUGAGCCGACCUCUUCAGAAGGGCUUGUGCAUCGUUGCAUUCACUUCGCUGAGGAGGAAGGAGUCUCCCAAAGUGCAGAUGGAGGGGGAGUGCACAGUGGACGGGUCGGAAGCCCUCCCUCCCCUCGACAGCCCAGGAAGCCAGGAGCCUUGCGCUCCCUCCACUCCUGAGCAAGUCCGCACCCAGCGGCCACAGGAGUCAGGGCAGAGAAACUCUGGAGCAGGCUGAGAAGGAGCUAGUAAAUGCCACCUCCUCGUCCAGUUGCCUUGGACUGCGGGAAAGUCUGGAAACGUGGGGUCUUUCAGUUUUUUGAAGUUCAAAGAAGUAGGGUUCGAGCUACAAACGGGAUCUGG